AUGGAGUUACCUAGAAGCCUCGAUGUCUACAGAGACGACAACCUCAUCAUCCAGGACUAUGAUGGCAUUUUUGCAGUCCCUCGUCCACUUCCGCCUCUUUCAACUGACACGCUUGUCAAAUGUAUCUUCGAUGCUUACAGGAAUAACAUCAAGGUGCGCCUCAUGGCUCUCACAGAUAUUACCCCUUGUCUCUGCGCAGUUGCUCCGAUUGAGAAAAUUGAAGCUGGCAUGCUGGCCAUGGUGGUUACAUCGGAAGUGGAGUACUACAAGUUGCUGAGGAGCAAUCCUGAAGACGGUCAGCCGCGAUCAGCCUCCUUAUCGAUCUUUUCAAUGUACAAGGACUCAUUUGACUUGAUCGAGAAUGCCGGGACUGUUAUCCUGGCCUGGAGAUUCUAUGGAGUUGAAGAUUCCCCGUUUCUGGAUCGUCAGGGUAAGGUGCUGCCCCUCAGAGCUAACACACAUCCAGACUUGUCUUAUCCAUCCCGGCUAUCUGGCCAACCCUUUUCGACUUCACAGGCCGACAAAUGUGAUGCAACCGAAAUCGAGACUCUUAGACUUGAGCUAGACCAGGCAAGGGCCGAGGCGCUCAACAACAGGAUCCUCAAAGAAUACAUGCAAGCGAAGUGGCUGACAACCAUUUAUGAGUGCGAGGACCAAGUAAGCGAGCGACGAACUACCGAGCUGAUCAAGAGGUACAUUGCGACGAGAUUUGAACAGGCACAGAAGAAACAAGGGAAGCCGCGGAAGAUUGUUCUGUUGGCUACCGAGAAGCAUGUUGAUACUAUGGCGGAAAAGAUGACCAAGGAUAAGGACGAAGAAGCAACGAGACCGUUUACAAAGUAUGACUAUGAGGUGUUUGUUCGGACUUUAUUCGCUGCUGUGAAUGCGAUUUUCAAGGAUGAGGAGAAAGGGGUGAAGGGGAACUAA